CAUUAUUCACAAUCAAUAGCCCCUUUUCCUCUUCCAGAAGCUACGCAUCACAAUGUCUUCAACCACCGAGAUCGAAACCCACACCAAAACCAUUACUCUGAAGACUGCCGAUGGGAAACUCUUCACCUUGGCUGAGUCCGUCGCCAUGGAAUUCAAAAUCGUCAAAUCCUUCUUCGACGACAACCCGGACGCCUUGUCGGAUGCCGUUGUCCCCCUUCCCAACGUCAACUUGGGGGAACUCGCAAAGAUCAGCUUCUGCUGCGAGGCCCAACUGAAUUUCCGAAGCUGCGGUGAGUCCGCCAACGAUGAGUCCAAAGCACAGCAGAGAAAGUUCUUGAAGCAGCAGACAAACGAGGAAUUGAAAUCCUUGAUCUUGGCCGCCAAUUUCCUGGAAAUCGAGGAUUUUCUGGACGUGGUGAACCAGGAAGCAGCCGAUCGGAUCAAAAAUAAGAGCGUGGAGUACGUGAGGAGGUUCUUCGGGAUCGAGAACGACUACACGCCCGACGAGGAGGCAAAAGUUAGGGCCGAGAAUGCCUGGGCCUUCGAGGGAGUCGACCCUGAUUCGGACGUGGAACCUGAUGAAGAUGUUAUGAUGAAUUAGGACGCGGUUAUGGAUUCAACCUAAAAAGUUAUAAUUGCCCGUUAUUGACUCUAUGUCUAGCUAUAUAUAUAUAUAUAAAUGGUGUUUUAAAGU